CAUGAGCGGGGUGGCAGCGGCGGCAGCGGCCGGGGCGGCAUCCGGGCAAGGGCGCGGACGAGGCCGUCCUGGGGCAACCCCAGCGGUCUCGGGCCCCCCGGGCGAGACGCACAAGCUGGUGGUCGUGGGAGGCGGCGGCGUGGGCAAGAGCGCGCUCACUAUCCAGUUCAUCCAGGUAGCGGAGGACGCUCCCCCCCCCCGUGGCCCCGCCCCCAGAGCUGUGCUGGGCUCUUGCACACGUGCCACCACCCCGGGGUCCAUGCCUCUGCCUCCCUUCGCCCAUCCCUGCCAGGCCCAGCUUGGGCCCCACCCCGCAGUCCUGGCUCUGGCCCUACCCGAGGUGGGGGGGAGGGGAGAAGGUCCAGCAGCAGGAAGGGCGGGAGCGGGAACUGGAGACGGGAGGACUCCCCCCCACCUUCCGGGCCGGGCACUCAGCGGGAUCUGGCCUCGUCCCAGGGGAGGGACGGGCCCAGCCCGGAGCUCGAAGCCCAGAGGCACCCAGGCUGGGCCAAGGGGAGGGGCUGCCCGGGGUUCUGACUUGGCGUCCCCUCGCCGGCAGUCCUACUUCGUGUCUGACUAUGAUCCCACCAUCGAGGACUCGUACACCAAGCUGUGCGGUGUGGAUGGCAUCCCGGCCCGGCUGGACAUCCUGGACACGGCCGGGCAGGAGGAGUUCGGGGCCAUGAGGGAACAGUACAUGCGAGCGGGCCAUGGCUUCCUGCUGGUCUACGCUAUCAAUGACCGGCAGAGCUUUAACGAAGUGGGCAAGCUGCACACGCAGAUCCUCCGAGUCAAGGACAGAGACGACUUCCCCAUCGUGCUGGUGGGCAACAAGGCCGAUCUGGAGACCCAGAGACAGGUACCCCGUUCAGAGGCCUCCGCCUUCUGUGCCUCCCGCCACAUAGCCUACUUCGAAGCCUCCGCCAAACUUCGGCUCAACGUGGACGAAGCCUUUGAACAGCUGGUUCGAGCUGUCCGGAAGUACCAGGAGCAAGAGCUGCCCCCCAGCCCCCCGAUGCCCCCCAGGAAGAAGGCUGGGAGUGGGGGCUGCCCCUGCCUCCUCCUCUGAGUCUUCCACACCAGGACGGCCCUUUGGGAGAUGGCCCUCGCCCUCGUGGGGCCAUCAACACUCCUCCAUGGCGUGGAUUGGCUGAUGGGGGAGGAAAGCGUAGGGGACUCCCUGGGGCGCCCCCUCCCCUCCACGUCCUGUUACACUACAGCAACCGGGCCCCUGGCACGGGGUCACCCAGUGCCUUCCUCACAGCGCUUACCUUUCCCUUCCUGCGGCUUGGACAGCCACCCCGUCACCUUCCCAGUGGUCUACCCCCUGCCACCCUCUCAAUAAACGUCACUGCCAAUACCAGA